CGCGUGCGCAUGCGCAGCCGAAGCGGAGCCCGAACGGAAUUUGAGUUGUGUCGCAGCCGAGCCGAGUGGAGUGGAGUCGGAGGUGGUGGGCAUGCUGUCACCCGAGGCGGAACGGGUGCUUCGGUACCUGGUGGAGGUGGAAGAGCUCGCGGAGGAGGUGCUGGCGGACAAGCGACAGAUUGUGGAUCUGGACACCAAAAGGAAUCAGAACCGGGAGGGCCUGCGGGCUCUGCAGAAGGAUCUCAGCCUCUCCGAAGAUGUGAUGGUUUGCUUCGGGAACAUGUUCAUCAGGAUGCCUCACCCUCAGACGAAGGAGAUGAUUGAGAAAGAUCAGGACCAUCUGGAUAAAGAAAUAGAGAAACUCCGCAAACAACUUAAAGUGAAGGUCAACCGCCUCUUUGAGGCCCAAGGCAAACCAGAGCUGAAGGGUUUUAACCUGAAUCCCCUCAACCAGGAUGAGCUUAAAGCUCUCAAGAUCAUUUUAAAAGGAUGAAAUUCAAGAAUGAGAUGGGGGACCUAGGACAGCAUCCCCCCUGAGGUCAUGGAGGACCCAGGACUCCAGCUUUGAAACCUGCAAGGACACGAUCCACCCUGCUAGAAGAUGGGCGUCUUUACACUUUAAGAUGUAAAGAAGAUCUGCCCCAUGAAAAGCCUUUGUCUGGGGGGAUUGGCUCUCCGUGAUGGCAGGAGGGAGCCCUCAGCCUGCCAGUGUCUGCUGGGGCUGACUGCUGGGGCUGGAUGGACACAAGGCCCAUUGAUAGGCCCUGGCAGCCACCAGUGCUGAGUGGGGGCAGCGCCUGUGGGGGUGUGAGAAUGACCACAACAGGCACUUUUAACAAGGGCCCCUGUUCAGAUGGGCCCCGGACGUCGGGGAGCAUCAUUCCUGCAUUCCUCUCCAGAAGAGAGGCAUUCUCAAGCAGCAUGUAGUGGAAUUGGAAUAAAGCAGGAGGCUCACAGGUGGUUUCUGAAUGAAAGGCCGAAUCAGUGUUUCGUAGUUCACCACAGCCAUCUGUGGGCCAGACGCACCACUCCCCCAGCACCGCCUCCACUUUGACCCAUUUUUCCUGCUUGCCCCCAGAAUGGAGCCCAGAGUGGGUGCUGCUUAUCAAACUCUUGCACCUGUCUUUUAGUCAGGAAGGCCUUGCAGAGUCCCACACCGGGGACGGGUGGGGGGGCUGCCUCUUCACGAGGCCCUCUGCCACCUCUGAAGGGGGGGCCUGGGUCAGCGCCACUCAGGGUUCCGGCCUGCCUUCGCUGGUCUCAGAUCCUAAUGUGCUGUGAGGCAGCACGCUGUCUUUCAUGUCACUGAGAGCUUAAUAAAUGUUUCCUAAACGAA